UGCAUUCAAAAUUAGAGCUGAACUUUUUUUUCACAAGAGAGGCUGCUUGAAGGAAUCAUGAAGAGCAGAGAGGCAUUCAGUCUGUGGAAAAGGCAAGUCCUAAUUCUCUUUGUUUUUCUGAGAUUGUCCCGGGUAUGUUCUGAAUCUGUGCGAUAUUCUGUGGCAGAGGAAACAGAAGUUGGCUUUCGUGUGGCCAAUCUGAUAAAUGAUCUGGGGUUAGGGGUAGAGGAGCUGUCUUCAAGGGAGGCCCGGGUGGUAUCUGAUGAUAAUAAAAAGCAUUUGCAUCUUGAUUUGCUGACUGGAGAUUUGUUUUUAAAUGAGAAACUGGACAGAGAAGAACUGUGUGGCUCCAUAGAGCCUUGUAUGUUGCAUUUUCAGGUAGUGUUGGAAAACCCUUUACAGUUUUUCCAGGCUGAGCUGCAUGUGAGAGAUAUAAAUGAUCAUUCCCCUAUAUUCCUGGACAAGGAAAUACUUUUGAAAAUAUCAGAAAGCACCACUAUAGGAACCACAUUCUUAAUGGAGAGUGCUCAAGAUUUGGAUAUAGGAAGAAACAGUCUACAAAAUUAUUCAGUUAGCCCCAAUUCUCAUUUUCAAAUAAAAACUCAAGACACUGGUGAUGGAAAAAUUUACCCAGAACUAGUCCUGAACAAAGAAUUAGAUCAUGAGGAACAACCUGAGCUCAGAUUAACACUCACAGCACUGGACGGUGGCUCCCCACCCAAAUCUGGGACAACAUUGAUUCUCAUUAAGGUCUUGGAUAUAAAUGAUAAUGUUCCAGCAUUUCCGUUGACACUCUAUAAGGUGGAGGUUCAGGAGGACACAUCAGUUGGUUCCUGGAUUAUCACCAUCUCUGCUAAGGAUUUGGAUACAGGAAUUUAUGGGAAAAUAUCUUACACAUUUUUGCAUGCAUCAGAAGAUAUUCGUAAAACGUUUAAAAUUGAUAGUGUAUCUGGGGAAAUUCAUUUGAUAUCACACUUGGAUUUUGAAGAAAUACAGCUCUAUGCCAUAAAUGUUCAGGCAACAGAUGGUGGAGGACUUUCAGAAGAAUGCACUCUUAUGGUUAAAGUGAUAGAUAUAAAUGACAACCCACCAGAAAUUACCAUAACAUCAAUAACAAAGACAAUUCCUGAGAACUCCUCUGAGAAUCUUGUGGCUCUGUUUAGUGUUCGAGACAAAGACGCUGGUGAAAAUGGGAGGACUAUUUGCUCUAUUCAAGAUGACAUCCCCUUUUAUCUGAAACCUACCUUCAAGAAUUUUUUCACUCUAGUUUCCGAAAAAGAACUGGACCGAGAGAGCCAGGCAGAGUACAACAUCACCAUCACGGUGACAGACAUGGGCACCCCAAGGCUGCAAACACAGCACACCAUCAGAGUGCUGGUGUCCGACAUGAACGACAAUGCCCCAACCUUCAGCCAGCCCUCCUACACCCUGCUAGUGGGUGAAAACAACAGCCCUGCACUGCACAUAGGCAGCGUGAGCGCCACUGACCCCGACGCAGGUAGCAACGCCCAGGUGAUCUACUCGCUGCUGCCUUCCCAAGACCCGCAGCUGCCACUCGCCUCGCUGGUGUCCAUCAACGCCGACAAUGGGCAGCUGUUCGCGCUGCGCUCGCUAGACUUCGAGGCCGUGCGCACCUUCGAGUUCGGCGUGGGCGCGUGGGACCGCGGCUCGCCCGCGCUCAGCAGCCAGGCGCGGGUGCGCGUGCUGGUGCUGGACCGCAAUGACAACGCGCCCUUCGUGCUGUACCCGCUGCAGAACGCCUCGGCGCCUUGCAGCGAGCUGGUGCCCAGGGCGGCAGAGGCGGGCUACCUGGUGACCAAAGUGGUGGCGGUGGACGGCGACUCGGGCCAGAACGCCUGGCUGUCGUUCCAGCUGCUCAAGGCCACGGAGCCCGGGCUCUUCAGCGUGUGGGCGCACAAUGGCGAGGUGCGCACUGCGCGGCCGCUCAGCGAGCGCGACGCGCCCAAGCACAGGCUGCUGGUGCUGGUCAGGGACAAUGGCGAGCCGCCGCUGUCGGCCAGCGUCACGCUGCACGUGCUGCUGGUGGACGGCUUCUCGCAGCCCUUCCUGCCGCUGCCCGACGCGUCGCUAGACGCGCCUCCCGACGACCGCCUCACAGUGUACCUGGUGGUGGCCUUGGCCUGCGUGUCGUCGCUCUUCCUCUUCUCCGUGCUGGCCUUCGUGACCGUGUGCCUGUGCCAGCGGGCCAGCCCGCCCGCGGGGGGCUCCUAUCCGCUGCCCGACGCGCACUUCCCAGGACACCUGCUGGACGUCAGUGGUGCUGGGACCCUGUUGCACAGCUACCAGUAUGAGGUGUGUCUGGCCGAGGGCGCUGGCGCUAAUGAGUUCAAGUUUCUGAAACCACUUAUCCCCAAUCUUCCAUUUCAGGACACUGGUAGUGAUGUAGAGGAGACCAUAAACUUUCAGAAUAGUUUUGGAGUUAACAUUCAAUAAGUUAACCAUUCAAUUUUUAUUAACUUUCAGUUCUAGUAUUACUGUUUGCUAGGUGUGGGUAAUUUUACCUAUUCUAUAUUGGAUUUUGGA